GUCUCGUCUCUCGGGCAUCGCAAGAGAACAAUCGGAAGGAGGCCUGCCUACUCGAAUGGCAAGAGAUCCUGCUUCUGAUCGGGUCAGCCUCGGGCCUCCAGUCUAGUCUAGCCAACUCCAAAUAUCCUCGGGCCCUCCUCAAGAAGAGCCUCGAGAAGUACACAGCCGGAACCCUCGAGAGAUAUCUCGCGGCAGCCAAGCAAUUUCUCGAUUUCCUUGGCCUCAGUAAUCUGACGGUUCUCACAAUCGACGUGGCCUUCCUUGCCGAUUUCCUACAUGCCUGCGAGCGCAGCCUAGAGGAAGAUCGCGAGCUUUGCAAAAUAGGUACAUCUGCAGCCCCCACUGCCCACAAGAUCUUCGCCUCUUCCUCGGAGGCCUUUUACUGGCUUUACAUGGAGGCCUCAGAUUCGGUGACCUACAACGGAUCCGCCUCAACAGCCUAUCCCUCACCAGCUCUAGCCUACGAGGCAGCCUGGAUAGCUACGGAGUCAGCCAUGGGGAUGCCAGUUAUCACCGACUUCAUCCUACCAGUGCUUACCAACCUGGGAGGACUCCACCAAGCCGGUCCCGGUGACGUCGGGAGAAAGCCGUCCGGGCCACGGAAGAGGCACGCCAACACCAAGGCCCUUCUAGUGGAGAAAUUCGCCAACCAGGCCCACAGCUCCUCAGAAUCCGAGGAUGAGCAGGUGGGGGCCCGGAAGUCGGAG